CAGAGCCCGGACCCGGCGUACCCCUGCCAGAAGCGGUGUGCGUUUGGCAACAAAAGACUCGUUUUUAAACAGUUAAAGAAAAUCUGUCGACGACAUUCUUUUGGGGGACUUUAUCAAAGGGAUGACACUGCCGCCGUUAGUGUCCGUUGGAGGAAGAGGAAGAGGAAGGAGGUGAUGAUGAUGACAUGCUGUUAGCUGCCUGGCUGGCUGGCUGACGGACAGUCGGAUACGAGCCCGCUGAGUGUGCGGUGUCACCCCACAACCAGAGCAGGAUCUGGGACCAGGAGAGGCGAAGAUGCCGCGUAGAAAACAAUCCAACCCCCAGCCGGUGAAAUUGGAUUCAGAGGACGGGGCGUUGGUGUGUGACCCCAGCUGUCUGGUCCUGGAGAGCGACUUCCUGCUGAGCGGAGAGCUGGAGUUUGGAGACUCUGAGAUCAUGGGGCUGGAGAGAGAGACGGGUAUGACAGUGUUUUCUCUGGGCGUCGAGGAUGACCCCUCAGCACCCACAGACUCCGCCUUCCCCCCUUUCCUUUCCUGUAAAGGUUGUGGUCAGCUCCUGGAAGACACGCCUCUGGGUGCAGGUUUAGAUCUCGGUGUGGGCCUUGACCUGGGGGCGGAGCUUUAUUGUCUGACCUGUGAGGAAGGCCUCCAGCAUGAAGCCCUGAUGGACUCCUCUCAGGUGGAGGGCUUAAACCUGGCGGACAGCGAGGCCUCCGACAGGAAGAGAAGCGUAGGUGAGACAGGUGAAGAUGGUGAUGUCACUCCUAAACUGUUCUCGUGCUCGCUGUGCGCCUUCACCUCCCGCUACUCCAACCAUCUGAAGCGCCACAUGAGGACACAUGACGGCCAGAAGCCGUACCGUUGCCUCGUCUGCCCCUACGCCUCGGCCCAGCUCGUCAACCUGCAGCGCCACGCCCGCACACACACCGGGGAGAAACCGUACGGCUGUCACCAGUGCAGCUACGCCUGCAGCUCCUUGGGAAACCUGCGCAGACACCAACGCAUGCACACGCAGGAGAGACCGCAGAGGAGGGAGAAGGAGAAGAGGCGAGGGAGGCGAAAAAAGAAGAACUCUGAAACAGAAGAUGUGGUUUCAGACCUGACCCUGAGAGUGUCCCAGGACGCAGGAUUCCUCCAGACGUUGGGCGGCCUCGGCUCCCCCUCCGCCCCGCUCCCCGUCCUCCUCUUCCCCCUGUGCUGUCGGCUGUGUGGCCUCACCCUGGAGGAGGCCGACCUGGAGGGGGACAAGGCCGAGGGAGAGGGGGAGGGCGAUGGGGGACAGGUGUGUCGUCGCUGCUCAUUGGACCUGCUGUCUAAAGAGGGAUCAGAGCCCCCCUGCAGCCCAUCGAUGCCUCGGGGGUCAAGACGAGGUCAGCGUGGCUCAAAGCUGUACCGCUGCCCUCUCUGCCCCUUCCUGUCCCACUACCCCAAUCACCUGGCCCGCCACGCGCACAUCCACUCCGAGGAGAAGCCCCACCGCUGCCCGCACUGCCCCUACACGUCCUCUCACCUCGACAACCUCAAACGUCACCUGCGUGUGCACACGGGCGAGAAGCCCUACCAGUGCCCGUCCUGCAGCUACGCCUGCGGGAACCUCGCUAACCUGCGGCGACACGAGCGCAUCCACUCGGGCGCCAAGCCGUUCCACUGCGGCGUCUGCGGCUACUCCUGCAACCAGAGCAUGAACCUGAAGAGGCACAUGCUGCGGCACACGGGGGAGAAGCCAUACGCCUGCGCCGAGUGCGACUACACCACGGGCCACUGGGACAACUACAAACGCCACCAGAGGAAACACGGACACAACACGGAUAGCUGGGACAAACACGCACCUAUCAACGGCCUCAGCUGGGACACAGACACUCAGGAGAGCAGGGAGCAGGAGCACAGCUAGAUAGAUUGUGUGUGUGAGGGUGUGUGUGUGUGAGUGUGUUGUAUACACUGGUGAACCUUCAGCUCAGGUUGGAGAUAAACUCAGGUGCCUUCGACAGACUGAACGACUGUAACUGCACUGACUUCAUGGACGAGCAUUAAUAACUUUUUCUCUGGUUGAUGCUCUCCACUGACUGAACCUGAUCGUUGAAAUGUUUAUUUUUCUUCUUCAGAUAAUCUAUUUUUUGUAGCUGUGUGUGGAUUUAUUUCACAACAGCAGGCUGGAUCGUGGUCUUUAGGUUGAUUUAAUGAUGAAAACUCAUGAAGUUUAAGUUUAAGGACCUUUACUUUAGGAAAGAAGGCUGCUAAAAUAUUAAUCUUUUUUCUUUUUGUGAUAUUCAGAUCAAGUAAUAGUUUGUUUCAACUUGAAGAGUCUUAAUCUGCCUCUUUACCUCUCAGACUUCAAUAAUUCAGGGAAGAAUAGAUGGUCACAGAAAGACUUUUUCCACCCGACAUUAAGAAACCUGGUGAUUCAUGUGGUAUUUAUUUAGUUUAGUUUGCUUUAAAAGUUCAGCAGGAAUGAAAUCUUGUUUUUAAAUGUAGUAUGAGAUGAAGCAGAUGUGGAUUAAAUCCUGCUCUGCCUCAGUGAAAGUCAAAGUCUAUACUGUGAAUUUCUGUGUUGUAGAAACAUGAGGGAAUAAACAAAGCUGGCUGCUGAAGAUGUGAAUGUGUAAAAGCUUCGGUUAGUGUGGGAGUCAAGACCACACUCACCGAGACCGGGUCAAUGAAUAUCAAUGAAAAAUCAUCAUCUUGUGUCUAAGGGGUGUGUCACUAAUUUAGACUGUAACACCCGGAAGGUUGCGGUCAUAACUGACAGUAAUGACGUGAGAAAAGAGCCUAUCAGUGGUGGUGGUCUUGACUGGUCUUGAUUUAAAGUCUGAAGUCCUCCCUGUCCGAGAAAAUACUGAAUAGAAAAGCUUGCUGUUCCAAGAUGAGACCGAGACUUUGAAAAAGUUGUCUCUAGACCGAGACCGAUCUCGAGUACUACAACACUAGCCACAGCUACUCGCAGAUGUGGCCUUUAUGUUUUUAUAAAUUAUGGUUUGUGUUCAACAAGCAAUAACUCUGAAAAUGUUGAAAACUUUUUGAUGCAAUUCAGCUGGAACUAAACCGAUCCAACACCAAAUUGUUAAUUCAAGCAAGUCUUGAAUUCUGCCCCACAAUUAAGAAGUUUAAAGGUUUAAAUUAGCCUAACUUAGCAUUAAGACUGGAAUUGGGGGGCAGCUAGUCUGGCUCUGUCCAAAAACACCCAAAGGCUCCACAUAAUCCUUCUAGUGUGUGUGAUUGUGUUUUUAUUGUUGGACGUGCACACAGAGAAACUAAACAAGUGAAAAGGUGGCAUCGCCGUUGUGAAGCUGCCAGGUUUGUGGUCCGCAGUGCCUUCAUAUCUACAAUAAAAGAAGUCUGACGAAAGUGAA